UGCUGGCUGAAAGCACGACGAUGGGCACAAAAACAAUCUUCAACAUCGAACAAGAGAAGGCGCUGAUAAGCUACAUUCUCCAGGCCAGCGACAUCAACUAUGGAAUUAGUUUGAUGGAGCUUCGUAAGCUCGCGUAUGAAUUUGCUCGGAAAGUUGGCGCGUCGUAUCCGGAUCCAUGGAACGACAAUCAACAGGCGAGUAAGGAUUGGCAGUUGGCGUUCAUGAAACGCCACAAAAAUUUGUCACUGCGAACACCAGAGCAAGUAAGCCAGAGCCGUGCGAAGCGAUUCAACAAAGAGAAUGUCGAUGCAUUCUUUGCCAACCUUUCAUCCGUUCUCGGUAAGACGCCGUUUGAACCUCACCGAAUAUGGAACAUGGAUGAAACCGGGUGCCCGACCGUGCCAACCAGACCUGUCAAAACCAUCGCGCGCAAAGGACAAAAGCAGGUCGGCUCAUCAACAUCUGCCGAAAAAGGCACCAAUGUGUCUUUGGCUUUGGCCGUCAGCGCUAGUGGCCAGUCUAUACCGCCAUUCUUCCUCUUUCCCCGAGUCAACAUGAAAGAGAUUUUUAUGACUCAUGCGAGUCAUGGCGCUGUUGGUGUUGCGAACGGUUCUGGUUACAUGAACUCUGACGUAUUCCCUCAAUUCAUGCGUCAUUUAUCAAGCACACCGGUGCUAAUGCCGAUUCGCCAACCAUGUUGCUGCUGGACAACCACGGUUCGCAUUUAUCGAUCGAGGCGAUAG